UUGAGUUAUUGGUAGUACAAAAUGGUGAGCACUUCAGCUUAAUAAGCAGCUGCCCUUAGUGCGACCAGAACACUUACCAUCCAACUCUGCAUCAGAAUGGUGCCUCUGCAAAUAUUGGUGAUCGCCUUCUCGCUGACUCUGGCCCCGGGUUAUGGCGCCGGAGCUGUAGUACCGCGUUCCGUGAACACUGUGGAAACGGUGGCGGAGUGGCUCCAGCUGGAGUACGGUUUUGCCACGGACCAGGACCGGGAGAAUGCCGAGGCGGCUGGUAAUCUGGUGCCCGCGAAUGGAACUCCCAUCGAUGUCCAGCCGCAGUACUUCUCCAAUGGGACAAUGAGGCUGUUUACCACCAUUCCUAGGUUUGUCAGUGGCGUUCCCUAUACACUGGCCACCGUUUCUGCGACGAAUGGCACUAACGGUCCUCUGCUGCAGCCGUAUCCCAGUUACGACUGGCACAAUGAUAACGGCGACGACUGCGAUCGGAUCACCUCCGUCUACAGAGUAUCUAUCACCGAGUGCAACCAGAUGUGGGUCAUGGAUACGGGUGCAAUUGGCACCACCAAGUACUGUACACCGCAGUUGCUGCAAUUCGACCUGAAUACCGAUACCCUGCUGCAUCGCUACCGCUUUCCAAAUAACACCUACACCCCAGAUGCUUCCCUCUUCAUCACUCCAAGCGUUCUGGUUCAGGAUCCUGCACCCGAGGGAUCUUGCAAUAGCACCAUGGUCUAUGUGGCCGAUGUGACUUUCCACGGCCUGGUGGUUUACGACCACGAGGCCCAGACCUCCUGGAGGGUAGAGAACCGCUUCAUGUACCCCAAUCCGGAUUACGGCAAGCACACCAUUGCUAACGAAACCUUCUACCUGAUGGAUGGCAUGUUUGCACUCACCAAUGACAAGAGCAAUCUCUACUUCCAUCCGAUGGCCACUGCGAGUGAGUUCGCCGUGCCACUGAGUGAGCUCAACAACCAGACGAACUGGGCCAACAACCCGGAGGCGUUGCCGGAGCAGUUCACCGAGCUGGGCAGCCGUGGGAGCGAGUGCGCCGCUUCCGCCAUCGAUGGCAAAAACAACAUCUACUGCGUCACCUUUAAUCCCAUCCAGCUCAUCAUGUGGAACGUAAAUUCGACCUACGAUUCGGAAAAUUUGGUCGUUUUGCCGGCAGAGGCCGAUGAGCUGCAGUUCGUCAGCGGAAUGAAGGUGGUGGAAAAUGCCGCGGGGCAGGAAGAAUUGUGGUUGAUCUCCAAUCGCUUCCAGAAAAUCGCCGAAGGAACGUUGGAUUUCAGCGAGGUUAACUUCCGAAUUCUGCGUCGCAACUUGGAUGAUGUUCAGUGAGGCGUCUUAUUUUCCAACGACGAAGAUCUGUCCAAUCGCCUUGUGGUUUAACUAGUGAAUUGAUUAAACCAAUUAAACUGAAGCAUGUUAAUAUUA